AUGUCUGCCCAGGUAGGAGAAGCACGGGAUCGAGAUGCUGGGGGAAACCAGGGUGGGCAGAAAUCCCAGCUGCUGAAGAGGAGCAGGCCAGGAGGGCUGCGGCGCCCUCGCGGGCAACUCCUGUGCUCGCUCCAUGUCCUUGCCUUGCCAGGCCGGCGCUACCAGAGCCUGCCCACCACCUUCCUGGAUGACCAGGAUGCCAGCACCCGGUAUGCCAAAGCCAGCGCCGUCUGGGCACCUUCCCAGAAAUCCCAGCAUGGGACAGGGCCCUGCGCACAGUCGGUCUCCCCAGAGCAGGAAGGCUUCUUCAACCUGCUGACCCACGUGCAGGGCGGGCGCAUGGACGAGCAGCGCUGCAACAUCCAGAUCAUGCAUGGCAAGAGCGAGGACAGCCCCAGCCCCCCGCCGGAGAUGGACAGUUUCCUGGAUAUGCUGGCACACACGCAGAGCCGGCGGAUGGACGACCAGCGCGUCAGCUUCAACUACCUUCCAGGCUUCCAGAAUACAGACCGCAAUGCCCCCAGCAAGCCGGCCUCUGGGCCCACCAAGAAGUGAGCGCCCCUAUGGCGGGGGGAGGAGCCGACGUGCCUGAUGGCCGCGCUAGCACCCAUGCCCUGCAGCACCUGCUCUGCCC